CUUGUUUGCAGUGCCUGUUAGCUGUUCCAGUAUUUGAAAAGCAGUACAGACGUAUUUUGGCCUUUCUCCUCUACCGUACUGUCCCGUGAUGCUUCUCGACUUAGGCCAAAGGCACAGACGUGAUAGAUGUGUUGCUGCGGUGGAGCGUUUUACGGUUUCUGGUACAAACAAUCCCGUUUAAUAAUUGUCAACAGCCCUUGAGAUGACGGACCGCUACACCAUUCACAGCCAGCUGGAACAUUUGCAGUCUAAAUACAUCGGGACUGGCCAUGCAGACACGACUAAGUGGGAAUGGCUCGUGAACCAGCACCGGGACUCCUACUGCUCCUACAUGGGUCACUUCGACCUGCUCAAUUACUUUUCCAUCGCUGAGAACGAGAGCAAAGCCAGGGUCCGGUUCAAUCUAAUGGAAAAGAUGCUGCAGCCCUGCGGCCCCCCCUCUGAUAAACCAGAUGAUCUGUAGAUGCUGGGACAUUUUAAUAUGAAAUAUCUGUUAAAAAAAAAAACUGCAGAAAGAAAGAAUAUAAGAUGUGGGGAAAUGACUUUUACUGUGUUUAUUGAACUGUUUAGUGCAUUAGUUUGACAUGAAUGAACAAUAUUGUUUGUAAUUUAGAGAAUGUGCCUUGAAUGAAUUGGGUGUAAAUGUUGAUAUUUCAACUACGUCCAGUCGACAUUUUUCAUUUAUCAAUAAACUAAGUACAAAUUACAAA